AACCAAUAUCGUCACUAUGACGACCGUGAUAACGCGCUAGUAGUACCACCGACUCGGCCCGAUAAUGUAGUACUUUCAUUAGUCUGGUUUCAUUCAUAUAUCUUACGAUCGCGAUAUUAUUAAUAUACGACUGUUCUAAAAAUUGAAAUAUAAUUUAGCAACGUGUGUUGUGCAUCGUAUAUAUGCAGACUAUACUCGUAUUAAAAUAGAAUAAAUAAGUGAAAGUUGCAAGUGUUUUCUAAAAAAAAACCCGCCGAUUAAUGGUGAAGUCUCCUUUUUUGGCAAAAAAGUGAAAUAGAUUAGUGCAAGUUAAGUGCUCGUUUUAACGGAAUGUUUUAUCAGUUUCCAUCAUGUUGAUUGCGACUCCUUAUAGAGAUUUUGAAGUGAGAGAUAAACAUCCCCCGAAAAUCAUUUCGGAAGUUCGAAAAACUUACUUGAAUUCCCCGGGUACCGGUUUACGACUCACUUUAUCAGGUGAAGUGCUCGUAAAAACCGCUACAGACAACACAUGGUAUCCACGGAGAGUUCAAGUAAAAAACGGGCAGUUGAAUGUAUUUUCUUUACCUGGUGCUUCUGGACCUUCAUCGAUAAGACUCCCUUUAAGACACCUAAGUCUCCAAGUAGGACCACUACCUCACAGUAUUGCCAUUUGUAAGGGUUCAAACACUGUCUUGAUGCUUCAGACCCCCAACGAGAAAGCUUUUGGAAAGUGGGUGAAAACUUUAGCCAUAGAGUUGAUCCGUCAAACGCCACUCGACGCUAUAAAAUACCUAGACAUCCUUACCCUUGCAGAGUAUUGGAAAAGGAGAGAUAUAAACAAAGAAGACUGGACUGUUAAUAAGGAGAAAGAGGACCAAAUAUCAAACAAAAACUUUAACAUACAAUUGCCAAGGGUUCCGGAUUGGAAUAAUCAAGAACUCGACCAGAACCAGCAAUACGAAAAAGAUAUAAAUAGGAAUUUUGUAGAAACGAAAAAUAAAAAUGUCGUAAUUGUCGAUAAAGAAACGACAAAUCCAAAUGCAGAAAAGGUGAUAGAGAGCCUUUUGAAAAAAUGCCAAAAUGUCGAAGUGUAUGUGCCAGUAAAAGAAAAACUUUUUUUAUUUGAGUCCUUAUGCAAAAUGGGGAGGAAAGUGAAAAGCUCGGAGGAUGUUUCCACAAAACCUCAAAUGCCGAUAUCAAAAAGGACUAAAUCUUGCCACGAUUUAAGUGAUAGGCCAGUAGCUGUUAGGGAUAUUUGUAAAUAUUUUGAGGAAAGGCUGCAAUGUGAUGAAGAACAUACUCUGGAGCAUAAGGUUCCUUACAGUAAUAAUUUAAAAGUUAGUUGGACAAUUAAUGAUAAAUCCCAAAAACUGUCAUAAUUUUCUUCAUUAUUUCUUACAUAAUUUUUUUAAACUAUAAAACAGUGUAUACAUUUAUAUUUCAUUACUGUAUGUCAGCUAGACCUGUUUUUGUUUUAUGGUCAAUAAAAUAUUAAUGUUUUAAUAUUUUUUUUACACAAAAUGUAAAUACUUUUAAUAAAAUUCUUUAGAUUUUUAGGCAAAAAUAUUUAAAUCCACACUAUGUGUAACUAAAUAAUUUUCAAAUUUGUUAACUAUUUAUAAUAAAUAAUUUUAAAUCUUUAUUAUUACCGAAAAAUAAUUUAACGUAUUUUAAUUAUAUUAAUAAAAUUAAAAAUUUGUGAUAUUUU